CCCCAUAAUUAGCCAGCGUGAGAGAAAUCGCAUUCCGUGCAGCAACAGCCUAUAAAAUGUCUUCGCGAUUUCAUGCUUGCUGUCGUGCCACUUGCAGGUAUUAGUAAUGGCAUUUAUUCCAGUAGGACGCAUGGUCGAGGCUCGUCCUUCUGUGUAUACCCCUUUCAUGUGCCUGUUCCCGUCAGUCUUGCUCGGAUACCUCAGGACGAGAACCCGACGUCAGGGCGGUUGCCCUAGCUGUCCUGCUGGAGAAAUGCGCUUCAACUCUGGCCACAAGCUGGAACCAACGGCAUUGGACCAACACCAAACGACCUCGUUUGUUCUGUAGGAUUACUUCUCCCACGCCAGGACAGUUCCUAGAUCAGAGGCAUGCCACUGACGAUCCCGAUUUUCAUCAUCGUCCGUCACACCCACUUAGCUAGAGCAGCCUGGACUGAGAGUAUCAAUAAUUGAUUUUUGUCUUUGGGGUUGAUUGGGCGUUUUUUGGAUUGGCAUACUCUC